CACACUUUGGGUUGUAUACACACACUACCGGCUGCUUUGUCGCUGGUCGCACGCUCAGACUUGCUGGUAGGCAGCUAUAUUUCCCUUGUUUGUCUUGUAAAGGCGUUCGCAGUACUCGCUUUAUCGGUUUCGCGCUCUCACAUCGCUCUGCUCAGGGUGAAUCGGGACGAAAACGAGCUCGCGAUGAACGGAAACGCCGUAGCUGGGCCCUCUGGUUCUACCCUCACGGCUACAUGCAGCCCAUCUGGUAGGGCGAUAGAGGACUCUUUCUUCAAACCGCUGGAUCAGGGUGCAACAACUAUCAGGAAAUUCCUGCAAGAGGACUCUCUGUGGCCAGAUCUGACGGAUCAUCUUGCUGCCUCGCCCCAGGCGUACAAGCUGCAGCUAGUUGCACCAUGGUCUGUUCUGAGCAAGCGAAGAAUCGUCAACCUCCCAGAUGCGCUCGUCGAAGCUAGCGCGUCGGCCCACGUUCACGCCGAGCAAGGCCUCUUCCCAGAGAUCCAGCGUGCCUGGAUUGUCAUUGACAACACCCUACAUCUGUGGAACUACCUCGAGGGUAGCAAAUCCUCAAUUGAGACUUACGACCACCCAGAAAGCGCUAUCAGGUCCGUCGCGUUAGUGAAGCCGCGCGCCGGCGUAUUUAUCGCCUCGGUUCAGCAUGUCCUUGUCAUCGCCACAGACAGCUCCAUUUCCCUUCUUUGCCUUGCAUUUGAUACGUCCAAAGCGCAAGGUAGCUCGCCAGAGAUCGCACUUUACGUUCCAGAAAUGAAGGCAGACACAGGCGGAGUCCUUUUGUCCGACGUAUCUGGGACAUCCUCAGGCAGGAUCUUUUGCAGAGGCAGUGACCAGUGCCUGUAUGAGCUUGUGUAUCAGGCGCAGGACGGGUGGUUUAAGAACAAGUGUUACCUCAACAAUCUCACCAGCACCUGGAUCGACCGAAUGCCGGCUUUGCUACAAGGCAAACAAAAAGAAUCGAUUGAUUUUCUCCUCGUUGACGACCGGCGCAACGUUAUAUAUACCCUCCAUAAUCGACGAGAAAUUUCGGUCUAUCAUCUGCUCACCAAGGACUCGAGUCAAGCACCCAAAUUUGUCGCCAGGGCCAAAGACAUUUGCCGGCUGGCGAACUUUCAAUGCCCCAACACCGGUAUGCUGAAUGCGAAUGACUUUCAAAUCACCUGGCUCGGGACAACCACAGAAAAGGAGAGCAAAGGCGUACACCUUGUUGCGAUGACCAGCAACGGCGUUAGACUGUACUUUUCUCACAUUCGGCGAGGCUACGGAUACGGAAGUUGGUCCACAACGACAAACUCGAUACCUAAUGGGCUUGAUCUCAUCUACACACGUCCAUCACCACCGAAGGGACAAAUGCAAACAGCUGAAGGCGGUAUGGUUGGUUAUCAGCUUCAGACGCAGACCAGCGACUUUCCGCCUCAGCACCCGGGCAUCUCGCAAGCAUUGCACGGGUUCUAUGGUGAUGGGAUCUUUAUUGCUGCCAGUCCCUAUCCCGGUGAUCCACAGGGCCAGACAGACAACAUCUUCUGCGUCCAACGGUCGAUGCAGCGGGCAGUCGCUUCCAGCAUUGGAGUGGGGGCCGGUGCCGGUCAGCACAGGGAAGAGCUCACGGACACGGCGUCGGACUUGCUCGUGCCAGGGGUCACUUGGGCAAUCGCUGAGGCGAAAAAUCCACAACUCGAAACAAUGAUCGAUGUAGAAAGGAUCUCGCCGCUAGCAACGCAGGUUCUGCGACCUCCACGGGUCUUCUUGAUCCUCUCCUCGGGCGGCCUUGUCAUCCUAGUCGAGCAGCGGCCGAUCGACUCGCUUCGAACUUUGUUGGAGAUUGGCACUGCGUUUGACCAACCUGUGGGCGACUUUUUCCGCAAGUAUGGCCUGUCUCAAGCAUGCGCCAUGACCCUCGCCAUCGCCAGUCGCAACUCGCAGCUCACUACCUCUGCCGAGUCAGUGCUUCACACUGUGCUGGCUCCCGGCGCUGAUUCACUCGCCAAGGAGGAGGGCAUGUUUGCCACGCGCUACCUCUCGCCAGAGGUCGUCAAUGCCGCUUUCCGCAUUUACUUUGAUUGGGGUGGAGCUCCAAGGUAUGAAGCCCCGCCUUUCCCUUCUCAGUCGGCCAGCGAAGGCAAGGUCGUCUUUUCUGCGCGACACGACGCGCUCGCCAUGUACACUGCCCGCCUCAUGCGCGUUUUUUGGAACGCCAAGAUCGCACGCAAGACACCUGUCGUUGGCGAUCCGAAUCGCUUAGAUAGCAAUUUGGAUGCGCAGGUUCUGGCAAAGGCUCAGCAAGAUCUGCAAGAACUGCAUGGCUUCAUUCAGCGCCAUGCUCAACUCCUUGGCAUUGGAGCCAAAGCUUCCAGCGCUACCGUCACACUUCCGGAUGAGAAGCGGGCAGAGCAGGCCGAGCAGGAAAGUCUCACUGCAUUGAGCAAGGUAAUCGCGCGAACGCUCGAGGCUCUCAGCUUCGCUUUGCUCUUGAUCGAUUACAAGAUGCCUACCAUCAUCACUGGUUGCAAGCCUGAAUUGCAGACACAGCUACUCAGCCUUACGUAUGCAGACUUGAUCACCACAUCCGCAGGCCGUGAAGCGGCUCGAGGUGUUGUGGAAGCGGUGAUUGAUGUGCUGAUCGCGAGUCAAGUCAGCAUCGACGCCGUGGCUGACGUGCUGCAAGAGCGGUGCGGUAGCUUUUGCAAUGCCGACGAUGUGCGUCUGUACAAGGCUCUCGAGGGUCUAAGGAGAGCCAGGGAAGCGCUGGAUCAAAAUGAGCGCAUCGAAAGCCUGCGCGAGAGCCUGCGACUGCUUCUUCGGGCCGCCGCUCAGUUGCCGUUUGAUAAGCUUAAGGCGGCGUGCACCGACUUUGCCGCUAUGCAGUUCGCACAAGGUGCCAUUCAGCUCCCACUGCGAUGCGCGGCUCUUUGGGACUCGAAAAACUUGGCGAUUUCAUACUAUGCUGCACAGCAACAAGGCUCUGACGAGGCGCGCAAGGCUUACCACCUGCGUUCUCAUUGCUACAGCCUUGUCCUCGAAUCGCUGGCAAAGUUUGACGACGCGCUCAAUGAGGCUGUCAAUCAAAGAGAGAAGAACGCAGCUACUGACAGGGCAUAUGAGGAGACGGAUGCGCUUCGCACAGGCGCAUAUGCACUAGCCGAAGAAUCGGAAGAUCCGCUCUUCCACGCGGCCCUUUACGACUCUUUGCUCCAGCGGCGGAUGACGGAGCAGCUGCUUGCUAUGCGCACUCCCUACAUCCGCGACUACCUCGCCGGAGAGCCUCUCACACUUGAGAAGUGCGAGCUUCUCUGGCAGUACCACGUCAGAGUUGGCGAAUAUUUUGCAGCUGCGACCGUCUUGGCUGGCCUGGCGCAAACAGAUGAGCUCGAUCUCUCACUUUUUCAGCGGAUUGAAUAUCUCUCGCUUGCCUCCAGCAAUGCAAGGUCUGCAGGCGGCGGGGAUCACGUCGCAGAGCAGACUGAGAUCGAAGACAUGCUUGAGGUCGCACAGGUACAAGGAGAGCUGUACAAGGCUAUCGAACAGCUUGAUGACCUAGAGGAUGACAGGCAGAACGAGCUCCUCGCCCAACUGGACAGCACCUUGCUGGAUAUCUCUUCGCUCUACCGAGACUUUGUGCAACCCCUACAGCUAUACGACAUCAUGAUCAUGAUCUUCCACGUAUCUGAUUAUCAAGAUGCGGAACUAGUAAAGGAGACAUGGGAGGCGCUGCUCGAUCAAGCUCACGAGUCUGCUCCCGGCCCCCGGCGGUUUGAGCAUGUGGCCGCGACGGUCAUCAGUCUCGCAGGGCGUUAUUUUCCAUCUGAGACGGCCUGUCCAGUUGAUGUCUUGACCGACCUGCUGGAGCGGUAUGCAUUCAGCGAGCGCGAUCGUCAAAAAAUUCCCAUUGGCUGGGCGGCACAGACCCUCAGCGAAGCGGGUGCUGACCAAGAAGGCAUCUUGGACGUACUCGAUUUGUCCUUCCACAACAAGAAAGACCCUUGGACUAGCCGUGCCGGCCUUUCCUUCUUGCUUGCAGAUACUGCUGCCUUGAUCGAGCUGUGGCUCGAGCAGACGCUCGACAUGCCCAGCGCAGCUGGGAUGACAUCCUUUCCUGCUAAAAGGAUCGAUGACGCGAUCAAUGCGUACAUUGUCUCCAUUCACUCGCUGGCCUGUGCAAAUGCCAAGGACAGUGGGGAUAUCUUGCCUGGUCGUCAAUUCUCGCUUUCGGAAAGCAAGCUAAAAGAGUGUCAGGAGCGGAUUCGCAGGUCGUUCUGAUAGAGCCGCGAGAGGAGUGUAGCCUAGUUGAUGGCACUAAACGUGUUUCGGGGCGCACCUCAUGCAUUGCCCCUUUCAUAUGCGACG